CCCGCGCCCGGAAAUGACGUUUCCGCGCUCGUGGGUCGCGCCGGAUGAGGCGGGGCUUGGUCAGUUGGCUCCUUCGGUGGCGCUUCCUGGUGUCGGGGAAGUCAUGGCGCUGCCCUGGUUGCAGCGCAUCGAACUCGCGUUCUUCGCUACCGCCUUCGUAUGCGGAGCCGUGGCGGCCGCGGCGCUGACCCGGACCCAGGGCUCCUUCAGGGGCAGCUGUCCUCUGUAUGGCGUGGCCGCCCUGAACGGCUCCUCUCUGGUCUUGUCCAAACCCGCGGCCCCAUCCCUCUGCUCCUUCGUGGCAGGGGCCUCGGGCCUGCUGGCCCUCUACUGCCUCCUGCUCCUGCUCUUCUGGGUCUACACCAGCUGCAUCGAGGGCUCCCACAGAGGCCCUAUCGGGCUCCGCUUUGCACUGGCCACCUCAGCUAUAGCCAUCUUCCUGGUCUUAGUGUGUGCCUGUAUCCUUCGAUUUGGCACCAGUUCCCUGUGCAAAUCCAUCAUCUCCCUGAACAUGACUAGCUGCUCUGAUGCCCAGAAAACUCCGUGGAAACCCCCUGGAACCGCUGUGCAGUUUUACUCCAACCUACAUAAUGCUGAAACUUCUUCCUGGGUGAAUCUGGUAUUGUGGUGUGUGGUCUUGGUGCUCCAGGUUGUGCAGUGGAAGUCUGAAGCCACCCCAAACCGGCCUCUGCAGAGGGGGAACUCAGAGUGGAGCUCUGAGACAGAUGCUCUUGUUGGGCCACGCCUUUUCCAUUCCUGAAGACUAACCAAACAGUACUUCUGCAGCCAGACUCCAUGCCCAAGUGCCUGUAAUCCUCUUGCCCCGACAUGGCUCUGAUUAUGUGGAGAGCCUCAGUUUUCCCUCCAGGAGGGAACCAUGAUGACACCUCUCCUACAGCUGUUUCUGUACCAGUAUUCUAUUACUUUCUUUCCUCA